GUGAAGUGCGCGGUUUUGUGAAUGGCGGUAGGCGGGGCUAUGCACCUCACUUUCCUGCCAUUGGUCAGUUUCCCGGUAGGCGCGGCUUGGAGGGCGGGGGAGCAGGUGCGACUGGCGCCACGUCGGCGGAUUUGAACCGUCUUUUGAGAGCCAGACACCACUCCGCCCCCUUUUGAAGACAUAAUCUGUGGCACGUACAGGUUAUCGUUGUAAAGUGACAACAUUCGUUUUCGUCAAAUUCCUCUCGGUAUGAAUGUUGUUAGAAAAACAAUAACAAAGAAAAUAGAGCGGGGGAGGUGUAAGUACGAUUGUGUCAUACCUGCAAAUCACCAGACAGAUAAUUUGUUUGUUAAUUUUACACUUUUGUACGACUUGGGCUAAAAACAUUAACAUGUUUUGAUGGCCAGCGAAGUGCGAACUCCUAUGAAAAGCCCUCAGUAGUCCCUGAGUAAAGACCCUCGAGGCAGAAAAAAAAAAAAAAAGGACCAUCUCCACCGCGCGUUCUCGCCGCCGCCGCACUGUCUCGCCGCUCGCGCCAUAAGCGGCCGCCUGACUCCAGGCCGGGGCGGGACAGGCUCUUUAGCACUACCUGAGGCACGCUACCUCCAGCGGCCUACCACAUGUACACAACAUCCACCGUUAGCCGACCGCAGUCGACGUUGUUCUCUCUCUCUGUGGUCUACCCGCUGCUACCAGCAGGGAGGGGGAGCUAGGGCGCGGCGAGCAGCCCCCCCUGUCGUACAAAAGAGUUUGUGUCGAGGUCGCUGCGAGCAUCUGAGCGGAGACGCGUCCCCCGUGAGAAACACUUCAUUACCGAUCGGUGACGAAAGAGGAGUGCCACCUUCCUCCUACCCCCGCGUCGCCGGGAGCUGUCUUGCAGUUGACGAGGAGAGACGACUGGCGACGGAUGAAAGGUGGGCAACGGAAGAGAGAGAGGCGCUGAGGGAUCCUGGAGUGGACAUCUUGCGACAGUUUUGUGUUUUGCGUGGCUAUUCUUUUUUUUUUUCUGGAAGUUAUUCUGCAGCAUGAAACUCCGAACCGGAUUCUGUUUUUCAAAGGAUCGGAUCCCUUAAUCUAAAAAAAGAAAAAAAAAGUGGCGAAACAGGAUUAUUCUUUGAAGUGAUUUUUGGGGCUUGAACCAGUAGAGAGAAGGUGCAGGUGCCAGAAGCCGGACAGAGCGAUCGGCAGGCCGCCUGGUGGGACUGAAGACGUUGAGAGCCUGGGGACUGGGGACUACCCAUGGCAGUUGUGCUGGAGGACAUCGUGUGGCGACGUGUGGGCGGCUGAGCAGCGAACCUCGCACCAUGUCACGGCGACGCCUAGCGGCAGUGAUUGAGAUCAGGUGCUGGACUCUUCUAGUGAUGGGCCUCCUUCUGGCCUCCUUGACAUCCGGGGCUCACCACCCUGUCUGGAAACGGCGGAAUUUUAACGAUGAUAUCGAUGCGGGGGGAGAAUCUGCAAGGGAGGUAAGCAAAGGUGAUGAUCAGUCUGGGAACGGCGGGAGAGACGAUGAUGGGCCAGUGUCCAGGACAGCUCCCUCUUCUCCCGUGGGCCAUCGGAACGUGCUUUUGCAUGAGGCUGUGCGGCAGCUGCUCGGAUUUUCCUCAUCCCCGGAGUCGAAACCAGGGCAAGGCAGCGCUUUUUUGCCCGAUCCGUCACGGCCGCCACCCAUGCCCAAGUACGUGAUGGAUUUGUACGACAAGUACCGCUCCGGGGAGAUGCAGGAUGGCCCUACCCUCGGCAAUACCAUACGGAGUAUUCACGCGGAGAUAGGUGAAGUGAACGGCGAAGCUAUGUUCGUCUUUAACCUCUCUUCUAUCCCGCCCACGGAGCGAGUACUGCGAGCGAAAGUCCACCUGUACAAGCGAAAACCCGGUCACCGGAAGAAGCACUCACGCAUGCGUGGAGACAACACCGAGCUGAUCCUCUACGAGGUGGCUCCCCACUACCUCAGCCAGACGGGCUCCAUCAUCAUGAGGUCCUCCUCCGCGGGCUGGCAGUGGUACGGCGCGACGGACGCAGUGGUCAGCUGUCUGAUGGCUGACCGCCAGCACCCUCACCUGUUCGCCCUCAGCUUCCGAGCCGACAAGCCCAGCGGCAAAACCCGCCAGGUGUCGCUUAAGAAGUUCGUCUGGCACCACUCGCUCCCUUUCCUCAUCCUAUACUCCAACGAAACGGAGAGUGUCAACCUUGAAGAACUUGAUAUCGUGGCGGAGAGAAUGCACAGCAGGCGAGUCGAGGGUCAAGGGAAAGACUACGAAGACCUCGGCGGUGAGGAAGGUGUUGGUGGCGAAGAAGGUAGCAUCAACAACGAAAAAGAGUCACCAAAAUCAAGGGACAAGGACAUUGAGGACGUGGUGCCGUCGGUGCGACGGGAGAAGCGUUCGAUUCUGACCAACGAAAUCCCAGAAGACCCUCAGGAAUACUACAAGUUCAAGUACCUCAAAUUCAACAUGCCCCAAACGCACCCGGGCAUGCUAACGGCGCGCCGAGAAGGGCGCCAGAAGACGGGGGGCGGAAGGCUGAUUCCCUAUCCGCCCACCAGGGGGCAGAACCGGAGGAGGAAGCAUCGUGGGCGCAAGGGGCGACGACAGAGCGGCAGGAAAAGCAGCCAGCGGCUCUUGCUUCCGGAUGGGUGGGAGGAUUACCACGACAACGCUGCGUCGCCUGACAACAGCCCCAGCAAGGUGUGCGCACGGCGCCGCCUGGUGGUGGACUUUGCGGAUAUUGGCUGGGGCGACUGGAUUAUCUCCCCGAAAUCGUUUGAGGCGCAUUAUUGUGCCGGCACGUGUCCCUUUCCACUCACGAAGAAGCUUCGCCCGUCUAACCACGCCACCAUCCAAAGUAUCGUCAACGCCGUCGGCCUGUACGCGGACGUGCCUGCGCCCUGCUGUGUCCCGGAUGUCAUGACCUCAGUAACGCUUCUCUACUUCGACGAGAACCGCAACGUGGUCCUCAAGAACUACCCGGGUAUGAGCGUGCAGUCCUGCGCCUGCAGAUGAGCAGCCCUCGCAACUGCCGUCAAGCGCCUCGCUUCAACACGUGAUCAUGACAACGCAGCAUCGAAAGUCAGAGGACUACCCAUGCUCAAACCAGAAAGUUUGCUUACCAACGGGUCUUCUUCUUCUUUGGACUAUCGGAUUGGAGUGUGAGCAUGGCAUUCAGAUGGUUGUUGUGCUUGUCCUAACUAGGUCUGAGUGACAUCAGGGGCUGAACGCCAUGCUGCUUAUUCGGGUCAGCGCCAGACUGUCUUGUCUCAGUCAGAGCGGUAGCACUGCCGUUUAGUUUGGUUUUGGUUUGUUGGUUGGUUGGCCUUCUGACGUAAGGUUCAAACAACAUGGCGGUGAUACAUGGAUCCAAAUGUCACUGCAGAGCUGAGUACUUGAGACGUUGUUUGAAACGCAAGGGUCUGAAAACGUGCGGCCAUCUGUAAAACCAGACCGGAAACAGUGAUCAUUUGACACGCAUGCGUGGUUACCGUAACUUUUGAGUGUAGUAAGUGAAAGGCUAAGAGCCGUGUACUCACAACUGUGUUACCCGCUUGGCCAGGUUCCGCUAAGAAGACUAAACAUUGCAUCUUGAGCGAACGACGUGUGACCGAGCCUGUGUGCUGAAUAAAGUCAGUGAUCCGUAGUGUAGAUGAAAGAAAGAAGAGCUCAGUUGGAGGCUCGGCAGACGUUUUCACCUGAUAACCCUCGAGAAACUGAAGUCACCAAAUCACGCGCUGACAUCUUCUGUGACACGUGCUUACGUCCCCUGUGACACGUGUCUACGUCAUCUGUGAAACACGUCUGCCUUGACUGUGAAACAUGUAGUGACGUUAGCUGUGAAACGCAUGUACUCGCAUCAUACGUCAAACCAGGCGUCACCUGUGAAUCUCGUGCAGGGUUACAUCACUUGUGAAACAUAAAUAUAUAUACUCUUCUAUGUGAGAGCACUAUGGCAAAAUGGACUCUUGCAAUGGACUUUGCAAGGAGGCUGUGAAGACACUCGCCUUAUGUCUGUUUACGGCGGGUGGUGAGAUGGACAGGUCAACGAACACCAGUCCCCUGUGGAAAGAAGGGCCCAGGGGACGGGACUACUGUUCACAGGACUACCCGUUGGAGCGUGGCAACGAAGUGGGUGUGUCUGCGGACACAAGCUAUUUCAGGGUCCGCUCGAAAGUCUCAAACGCCACCAUGGGGGUCUUCUGAACCUGAGUCUCACGACUGUUUUUAAUCUUCUGGAGCAUGUAAAACUUUUUUUCUAUGAAAAUGACCCAGAAAAAGAUGCGUGCAGAUGACUGUUUUAAGAGGCCCUUUUAAAUGUUGCUUUUCAUGUUUAUGGUUUCAUUUGAUGUAAAUAUAUUCAUAGCUUGUACUCAUCACCCCGUUGUAUAUCUUGUACCAGAUGAAAACUUUGCCGAAUGUGAAAACAUAAAAUAAAGGAACUGCAGUGGUCGACAAGCUACAGACCAGAACGAUCCUCUGACAGACAUGCUGUACAUUUUGGUUUCUUUUGAUCAGGGCGAGUUUUGGAAUUGUAUUAACAGUCACAUGACAUCCUCUUUUCUUUUUACACUCUACUUUUUUCAGCGAUAUCACCUCUAGUAUUUAAAAUCCUUUCUCUAUUUUAAAAAAAAAGUCUUGAAGGUUAAGGUAGGUGGCAGGUGACGAAUAGUGCGCGCGGAACAACAGCUGCUAAUGACUAAGAGAUGGAGGUAGCCUAAGUAC